AGGGGUGGGGGGCAGCUGCUGCGGGAGUGGGAGGCCUAAGGGGGCGUUGCACGCGGGCGAAGGGCGCAAAGGCCGAGUAGGGCGACCUGCUGCUUGGUCUCCAGCUCCGGGCACCCCCGCCCCGCUCGUCUCCCCACCGCGCGCGCGGCCCCCGCCCCGGCUCCGCCCCGCCCCUCGCGCGGGGUCCGCGUCUGCGGCUGCGUUCCCCGAAAGACGAAGCUGCGCCCCGGUUCCGGUCCGCAGGGAGACCGAAGGGCAUCGCUUCCCGCGCCAGAACCGCUGCUGAUCCCGGAGUGCUGACACCCCAGGGAUGCCUGCCCCCCAGAGGACUCCUGUCUGCAGCCCCCGCUUCUCUCUCAGGCUCUCUCAGAGCAUGCUGCCUGCGGUCAUGAAGAGCCUCGGCCUGGCACUGCUGGCCUUGCUGCUGUGCCCCUCGCCGGCCCAUGGCCUGUGGUGCCAGGACUGCACCCUGGCCAAUUCCAGCCACUGCGCCCCGAAGCAGUGCCAGCCGACCGAUACCGUUUGUGCCAGCGUGCGGAUUACCGACCCCAGCAGCAGUAAGACUGGACCUGGCAGGAAGGAUCAUUCUGUGAACAAGAUGUGCGCAUCCUCCUGCGACUUCGUUAAGCGGCACUUUUUCUCAGACUAUCUGAUGGGGUUCAUUAACUCUGGGAUCUUAAAAGUCGACGUGGACUGCUGCGAGAAAGAUCUUUGCAACGGGGCGUCAGCAGUGGGGCGCAGCCCCUGGGCCCUGGCUGGGGGGCUCCUGCUGAGCCUGGGGCCUGCUCUCCUCUGGGCUCAGCCCUGAGGUCCCUCCCUCCCUCCUGCAGGUCCUUGGAGCUUGUCCCCUGAGCCUGUUGCUGCCCCGUCCCCAGCCUGGCCUGGCUAGGAUUGGGACAGCAAGAGCUUGGCAACAAGGUCUGUGGCUCUCAACCUCCCUAGAUGUGAGCCUUCUCCGUUUCCCCACCAGCUCCAUAUCCCAGGCAGCUGGACAUCUCCCGGAGACCAGACAUCCUGGCAGAAAGCUGGGGCGGGGGGAGGGGGAGGGCAGGGGACAGGGACCCUCCAGGUCCCCAAGGGGAGGGAAACCAAGCCAGGGACAGCCCAACAGCCUGGCCUGAGGGGCAUUAACUACAAAGAAAUAAAGUCACUUCUGAGUCUUG